AUGAGGUUGUACAGCUUGAGUAUACUCUACAAGGGGGAUUACAAAGUCCAUCUCUUGAAAAGUUCCUACGAUGUCUCCCCAUUCAGCUUCUUCCAGAGGUCCAGUGUGCAAGAGUUUAUGACAUUUACUAGCCAGCUGAUUGUUGAGCGGUCAGAAAAAGGGAGUCGAUCAUCAGUGAAAGAACAAGAAUAUCUUUGCCAUGUUUAUGUGCGGAAUGACUCCCUGGCAGGCGUAGUAAUUGCUGAUGCAGAGUAUCCUCAAAGAGUUUGCUUCACACUCCUUGAAAAGGUCCUGGAGGAAUUCUCCACCCAGGUGGACAGGAUAGACUGGCCAUCUGGCUCUCCAGCCACUAUUCAGUAUAAUGCCCUGGAUUCUUAUCUAGCGAAGUAUCAGAAUCCUCGGGAAGCUGAUCCAAUGUGUAAAGUACAAGCCGAGCUGGACGAAACCAAAAUUAUCCUGCACAACACUAUGGAGUCCUUAUUACAGCGUGGAGAAAAACUGGAUGACUUGGUCAGUAAAUCGGAAGUACUGGGAAGCCAUUCCAAAGCAUUCUACAAAACGGCGCGAAAGCAGAACUCAUGCUGCGGAGUGAUGUGA